AUGCGGUGGACUUCCUGGAUACAAGCUGCAACGCAUACAUGGAUGGCUGUACAGACUGUUGAGGCUGGUCCUCUGAAAUGGGCGGAUUCAAUGGUGCGCAAUGUAGCGCCCAGCAAUAUUAAGGCACGACAGGCUCAGCUUGGAAAUGGUGUCACCUCCGCUGUUGAGACGCCUCAUCCCGAGUUCGAAGACAUCACGACGGAUGCCGUCUUUCCCACCUCACUUCUGCCAGACUAUGGUGCAUCAGAUGAAGACGAGGACAACAGUAGCGACGGGCCACUGAUUACGGAGAUCACCUUUCUUCCUCCGAAAAACGAGCCCACGGAGACACCAGGGUCGACUGAAGAGGGCGCCAUCCCAACGACGACCCCUGAAUCGACAACAGAAGGGUCAACGGAUGUUGAGACACCU